CUUGCAUCGCUCGCCGGCUGCUUUCGCCUCCUUUCCUCGAGGAAGCGGCCAACAGUUUGGAGGAAAAAGUGGAGCCGGCCGGGUUGGAUGCGGCUGCCGACGCCGACGCCGAGCCAGGCGGCCGGGGCGGAGGAGUAGAGAGCAUGGCCGUGUCUUCUCCCCCGAGCAUUCCCGCAACUUCCAACCCCGGAGGAGGCGGAGGAGGCGGCGGCGGCGGCGGAGCAACCGGCGGGGGCUGCAGCAGCGGCGGCGGCGGUGGAAGCAGCAGCAGCAGCAACAGCAGCGCGGGGGGCUCGGCCGGCUUGUUCCGGGCGGACCCUCUUUAUGCCCCCAGCCCCUCCGAGUCCCCGCGGCUGGCCGGCGGCGGCGGCGGCGGCGGGAGCAGCGGCGGCGGGGCGAGCAGCCUCAUCCACGGCUUCCUCUCCAACGCGGCGCCCGCGGGCGGCGGCGGGGGUCUGGGGGUCCCCGGGUCCGCGGCGGCGGCGGCGGCGGCGGCCCCUCUGGUGGGCAACGAGUGCAAGAUGGUGGACCUGCACGGGGUGAAGGUGGCCUCCUUCGUGGUGGACGGGCAGGAGCUGAUCUGCCUGCCGCAGGUCUUCGACCUCUUCCUCAAGCACCUGGUCGGCGGGCUGCACACCGUCUACACCAAGCUCAAGCGGCUGGACAUCGCGCCCGUCGUCUGCACCGUGGAGCAAGUGCGCAUCCUGCGCGGGCUGGGCGCCAUCCAGCCGGGCGUCAACCGGUGCAAGCUCAUCACGCGCAAGGACUUCGAAACUUUGUACAGCGACUGCACCAACGCCAGUUCACGACCGGGGAGACCCCCCAAGCGCUCCCUGGGGGUUGCGAUACAAGAGAACACACGCUUGCUUCCCCACGGAGUGCCGGGCCUCUUAUCGCCGGGGCUUAUCUCCCCAACAGGCCUCACAGCCAUGGCUGAAGCAAUGAAGUUGCAGAAGAUUAAGCUUAUGGCCAUGAACAGCCUCCAUGGAAGCGGAAGUCAGAAUGGGACCGAGUCGGAGAACGAAGAACUGAAUUCGAAUGCAGGUGGAAGUGAAUCCUCGUGGGAUAAAGAGAAGCUUCAGUCGCCGAUCCCAACAGGAUCUCAUCACGGGAUUAGCCAUGCGGCACUGUCAGGGCAGGCCAAUUUGGGGAGCACUCACCCACUUAGUCCUCUGCAGCAGAACCAUCUGCUCACAAACAGGAUAGACCUGCCAUUUAUGAUGAUGCCCCAUCCUCUCCUUCCGGUUGGCCUACCUCCUGCUUCUGUAGCGAUGGCCAUGAAUCAAAUGAACCAUCUCAAUACUAUCGCCAACAUGGCUGCAGCAGCACAGAUGCAUAGCCCACUUUCAAGAGCUGGAGCCUCAGUAAUAAAGGAAAGGAUCCAAGACAGCCCUUCGCCUGCUCCAUCUGUAGAAGAGGGCCAGAGACCUGGGAGCCACGCCUCUUCACACCAGAGCAGCAGUGUUUCAAGUUCCCCCUCCCAAAUUGACAACACACCAGAUAGAAUUGAAGCAGUUCCUAUCGCCAUCCCAAUACUCAAACCAACCCUAGAAAAGGUCCAACUGGCUGGGCAGACUUUGCCCCAUGGAUUUCCAGCACCGUUCCUCGUUGCCGGGUUGUCUUCAGUGGAAACUCUAACCAAUAUUCAGGGAUUGCUGAAAGUCGCCGUGGAUAACGCCCGAGUGCAGGAAAAGCAGAUCCAACAGGAAAAGAAGGAACUAAAGAUGGAGCUGUGCAGGGAAAGAGAGUUGAGAGAGAACCUGGAAAGGCAGCUUACAGCUGAGCUGCAAAGCAGAGCCACGAUUCAAAAGCGCUUGAAAAAGGAGAAGAAAGCGAAGAGGGAAAUUGCAGGAAGCCUGGAGUUCGAAUCGAAGCGGAGAGAGCAAGUGGAACAAGCGCUGAAGCAGGCUACGACAGGGGACGGUCUCAGGAUGCUGAAUGAUGCUGGGAUUCCGGAAAUGGAAGUUGACCACAACGGGACUCAACAUGAGAACGCGGCAAUGCAAGAAAACAGAGCAUACAUCAAACCAACCAUUAUGUACUGAAGAUGCCUAAUUUGACAUGUUUGUGUGGGGCGGGGGAGGGGCGGGGGACAUGUAACAGUCACUUCUGAAGAUUUAGAAAACUCCUGCAAAGAAGUCUCUUUUUCAACCCUGGAUUACCUUUCGGUGCGGUGGGAAACAGUUGCAAUGCAGACCCGUGAAUCCAGGACUCUUAACUCAACUCCUGUGUUGGAAAAAGAAAAAAAUCACUGCACCGUCACUGAGAAAUGUGGAGACUCACAAGCUUGGUCAUCCCAAACUGUUUUGCAGCAGAAUGUUUUUAAGUCCUAGAAAAACAGAAUGGGGAAGAGUCCAUCCUAGCCUUUUUUUAAGCACAUAUAGGUAUGAGUCCCUGGGGGAAAAUGUUGCCUCUGUAGGAGAGGAGCAAGAUUGAUGAUGACACACCUGUUAUGAUGUCAUGAUGCAAAUUGUCUGCAUCGUCAUCACGACAUCGUUACGUAUUCACCUUGGUUUUGCAAAUGAGGUUAGGACGCGUGUUGUUGUCAUCGUGGUUUGUUACGGUGAGUAACAGCCCCCAAGCGUUACCGCAGCCUUCCCCAACUUGUCACCUUCCAGAGGUGUUGGGACCCCAGAUCCCAAAACUCAAUGGGAGUGUACGUGAAAUUGAGCCAGGUUGAGGAUGGCUGUUCGACCGUUUAACAAUGGCACAAUUAAUUUAAUAAGCUGCAGUUGUUCUUUCUGGCUGUAUAAUUCUACAUGUCCAGUUUUAUCACUAAAACAGUUCAACCCAGAACUGUUUCAGUUCUGUUUAUAAAUUUAAGCUUUGUUUACUGAAGCUGAAAAACUCAAUAUAUAUUGCGUUUUGAAGAGAAAAAGUAUGUACAUUUUUUAAUAUGAUAAUGUAAAAAUUGUCCUUCCUUGGAUGACCAACUAAAAAAAAAGUGUGAACUAAAUUCCAAUAUUCAAUGUAACAAGGGGAUUAUAAAACUGAUGCUUUUUUAAAGAAAAAAAAUAACUCAGUUCUGCUUGGUUUUUAGGCUUUUCACACCAGGGGACAAAGGAAGGAUGAACAUAUGGUAGGAUGUUAGAUAAUGGAAACUUUAAAAUAUAGUUUCUCUGUUGUAUCAUAUUAAGUUAAAAGUACACAUUCUUUGUUAAAAUGUUCUUGCUAAAAAACUACAGUAUUAAAACAUUUUUGUUUGA